GCUUUUAUUCUUUCCAUUCGCGAUGUCUUUGAGCUCAGAAAGCGGCACGCUUUCUUUCUCCCUCCCUCCCAUUCACUCGAAUGAGAAGGGAUGGGGUCCAUGCGAGAAGCCAAUAGGCUUCCGAGUUCCUUACCAGCAAUACAGCAAAUCCGAUAAGCUGGGUAAAGUAUCGGACUGGACUGGAAACACCUACCAGGAACGUAGGUAUAUGAAUCGUUAUAACUCGCAGUUUGGUGCUGGAGCUACUCUGUUCCAAUACCACCACGAGGAAGAUGAAUCUUCGUUCCAGCUGGUAGACACAACCCGUGUUCAGCGCCCUGGAUACUUGCGAAACAGAGCUCGUUUCCAGCGCACCAACAAUGCUCGCCGGGAUCGCGAGCGCCGCGAGGAAAGGAAGAUGGAGACGUUGUCGAAGGUGCAGAAGGGUCGUGACCGUGACCGUAUGAGGCUGCAGCGUAAAUGGCAGAAGCAGUGGUACGGAAGGCGUUGGAAUGAUCAGCCAAAGACACAGUUGAAGCAACGGCAGGCCAGUGUAGAGAUCCAUCCUGAAUGGAGGUGUGUACACGAGAUCGAGUUCUCACAGCUGUCAAAGCUUCACUUUGAAGUGGAUGCACCAGAGGACCUCAAGCUGUGCGGUUCUCUGGAGUACUACGAUAAGUCGUAUGACAGAGUCACAACCAAGCAUCAGCGUCCCCUCCAGGGUGUGACGAGGGUGUUCCACAAGGUCACAUCAACUGACGACCCCGUUAUCCGAAAGCUAAGCAGCGAAGGCAAUGUGUUUGCCACUGACGCCAUUCUGGCAUGCCUGAUGAGCUGCUCUCGCUCCGUGUACAGUUGGGACAUUAUCGCUCAGCGUGUUGGUAGCAAGCUGUUCUUGGACAAGCGCGACAGUUCACAGUUUGACCUUCUCACCGUGUCGGAGACCGCCACCGAGCCACCACAGGACGAAGGCUCCAGUAUCAAUGCACCCGCUAACUUGGCACUCGAGGCCACGUUCAUCAAUCAGAACUUCUCUCAGCAGGUCUUGAAGCGUGGCGGUGAGCGUCACCAGUUCGACGAGCCCAACCCGUUCGUGACAGAAGACGACGAAGGCGAAGUGGCAUCCGUCGGCUACCGUUACCGAAAGUGGAAGCUCGGAGACGACAUCACACUCGUCGCUCGUUGCGAGCACGAUGCUGUGUCCACAACGAAACCCGGCGGUGAGUUACAGUACAUGAGCAUCAAGACACUCAAUGAAUGGGAUCCGAAGAUAUCCGGUGUUGACUGGCGCCAGAAGCUGGACAACCAGCGCGGUGCCGUGCUAGCAACUGAGCUGAAGAACAACUCAUGUAAGCUUGCUAAGUGGACGCUGUCUGCAUUGCUCGCCGGCUCGGACAUCAUCAAGUUUGGCUAUGCGUCGCGUGUCAGCCCGCGUGAUUCCUCCAAGCACGCCAUCCUUGGCACACAGCAGUUCAACCCGAAUGAAUUCGCCGCCCAGAUCACGCUGGAUAUGUCCAACUGCUGGGGCGUGUUGCGCGUCAUCAUUGAUGCGCUGAUGGGCCUGCAGGGUGGCAAGUAUCUGAUUGUCAAGGAUCCUAACAAGCCCGUGAUGAGAAUCUACAGUAUUCCCCAGAAUACGUUUGAGAGCGACGGAGAUGAGGAUGACGACAGUGAAGAGGAGGAAGAUGAGGAAGAAGAAGAAGAGGCUGCGUAAGCUCUCUCCUGCAGUUGCCUUUCUGAGCAAAGACAAAGACACAUCAAGAACACCAUA